AUGAAGUUGAAUAUCUCCUACCCGGCCAAUGGGUCACAGAAACUCGUCGAAGUCGAAGAUGACCGCAAGCUGCGCGUCUUCAUGGAGAAGCGAAUGGGCAAUGAAGUGCCAGGUGACAGUCUUGGUGAUGAAUGGAAGGGCUACAUCUUCCGCAUCACCGGUGGUAAUGACAAGCAAGGCUUUCCCAUGAAGCAGGGCGUCAUGCUCCCAACCCGUGUCAAACUCCUCCUCUCCGAUGGCCACUCUUGCUACCGACCUCGCCGAACCGGAGAACGCAAGCGCAAAUCAGUCCGUGGCUGCAUUGUUGGCCAAGAUCUUUCCGUCCUAGCUCUGUCCAUCGUCAAGCAAGGCGAGGGUGACAUUCCAGGUCUGACCGAUGUUGUCAACCCCAAGCGUCUUGGUCCCAAGCGUGCCACCAAGAUCCGAAGGUUCUUUGGCUUGAGCAAGCAAGACGAUGUCCGAAAAUUCGUCAUCCGCCGAGAAGUCGUUCCCAAGAAGGAGGGUGCUAAACCAUACACCAAAGCUCCCAAGAUCCAGAGACUCGUCACCCCUCAACGAUUGCAACACAAGAGACACCGAAUUGCACUGAAGAGAAGACGUGCUGAGGCAUCCAAGGAUGCUGCCAAUGAAUAUGCUCAAUUGUUGGCCAAGCGUGUUCACGAGGAGCGUGAGAAGAGAACAGAGCUGAGAAAGAGACGUGCCUCUUCGAUGAGAAAGUAG